CGAUGAUGAUGAUGGUGAUGAUGAUGGAGGAGGAGGGAAGUUUGUGACGUUUCUCUGCCCUCUGUCCGCAGGAAGACUGGAUGGAUAUGAUUCUGGUUUUGCGCAGUUUGUUCGUCCUCAUCAUAACGUAAAGAGAAACGAGCUGGUUCUGUAGAGAUUUGCAAGGACCAGAGAUUAAACGCGUGUUUGACUCUGAAAUGUCUCAGCGUUGGAAAUGCAGCUCCACGCCUGUCUGUUGCUUUUUAUGUUCACAACAGAUAAAACCCUGGCCUUGCUGCACAAACACUGUGGUGGAAAUGUCCCAUUGGACCAAGAGCCUGCAGGCCUCAUCAACCUCUCUUUACCUGGACUUUUUAAUCACACUAGGGGGCUCAACCCCAUGAGCCAGCAGUCUAGGGAGAGUUUACCACUUUCAAAUUGCACUUGGGUGUUAGGUAUUCCUCUGGGGAGGACGGUACUCUUAAAGUUAAUGUGGAUGGAAAAUGAUUCAAGGAUCUCGCUGAGAUGUGUUAAAGAAGAUCAGAUCUUACACAGCCACAGGGAAACAGCGCUGCUCUCUGACUGUGAUAAGAACAAAGCUGUCCUCAGUUGGACAGGACCGGGAAUUUCCUCAAAUUCAAUUCAGCUGGCUUAUUAUGUUCAGGAAGAUGAGAGAAAUUCCUCGGAGGCACGGUCUACUUACCAACAAGACCAGGACCCUACUGGUUGGUCUGAGACAGAAGCUACCUAUAAAAGCGUUGCAACAGUUGCUCAAGAGGUGGUGAGGGACACAGAGGAGGACAGAAGUCGUGUCUUGUGGAGUUUUAACCCUCAGUCUGUGUCUAGCGCCACCUCUCAGGACAAGGUGCUGCUGCAGCCGACCUCAUUCGGGUGGGGACUCCCAGUCGCUGGGAGAACUGAUAUGGAAACUCUCCCUCUUCCUGAGGAAGAACGGAACAAUGGAGCGGAUACAUCUGGAGCUGCUCACCUCGCUGACAAUCCCAUGACUGCCAUAACACGCCCAAACUUUCAGCCUGCAGUCAGUACAGACACCAAAUCCCAAACAGAAAAAUAUACUGGCUUCACCCAAGGGCAAACUGAGACAUCCUGGACAGAUGCAAAAGUCAAUCUUUCCAUUACCACAGAUUUACAAAGAUCUACAUCUGUACAGACAUUAAUAAAGAUAGAGGAACUUGUAACACAGAUGGAUGAACCUACAGCUAUGCCGACAAACCAAAGUCUGUCCAGUUUCAGUGUUCUUAACACUUCUUUCUCUGGGAUAUUGAUGUCUGACAGCAAUACCUCAAUAGAUCCACACAGUGGUGCUAUUGGUCAAACUCCUGAAGAUAAACAAGCUCGCUCAGACAGAUUUUACUCAGUUCUGACAUUCAUCCCCACCUCUCAACAUUUAAAAUCUUCCAUCAAACCUUCCCACCAUGACUCAAGCAACACACAGCCCACUCUGGCAUCACUAUCUUCUACACAGAGCUCCAGCAGGCCUUCUUCACCCACCACCCACAUGGCAGAGAUUCACACUGCUGUGGGCUCUGUGGAGGCUGCUUCACUUCAUCCACAAACAGAUCAGAGUGACUCCUCUGUCUCUAAUGUUAACACUCAGAGUGCUGCUCUGAAGUCCUCUGAUGGGCUUGAAAAUACAGAAGGGUUUCACACAGUCUUGCCUUCCACACAGAGUCAGACAAACUAUCCUCCAAACACGGAGGGCCGCUCACACUCCCUGCAUUCAUCUUCUGUCCUGACACCAACAGGCGGUAUAGAGACACAAACAAUGCAAUCAAGUGGGGCUUAUUCCAUGACCACAAACAUGAUCCGAACUUUAUUUACAGAGGAUGGAUCUUUUGCUACAACCAGACCAGCACAGACCAUCAGGGUCCAGACCUCAUCGGCUACAACAACCAUCAGAGAAACACAUACGCCCCCAUUUACUCAAAUGUCACAAUCAACCAGUGAUUCACCAAGCGCCUCAUUAACUCCUUUACAUGUGCUACAAACACAAAACGAGCUUCUGGAUGAUACCCAGACAACUUUAGCCUCUUCUGUGACUGAAUCCUCCAUGGACACGAGCAGCAUGGAGCCCAAAACUAUGUCUGAAUCCUCACAAACAUCUCAUCAGCUUCUGCCAUCUUCUGCUACAGUCUCUCCAAAUAAACACCUUUUUACCACUGCAAAUACGCCUCUGCAGCCGGUGAAAUCAGAUGGAGAUGUGAAGGGCACCGCAGUCUGGCAGUGGUCUCCAAGCGGCACAGUGAAGCCUAAUGCUCCAGGAGGACCUCCUCAAGCCUUUCAUCCCAGCCAACCGAACCAUUUUGGUGUCACAUCUGAACUAAUCCCAACACCCAACGGAAGUUUAACAACGAGCCCCAUCUACUACAUUGUACCAAACCAGCCUGCUACUAUCAGAGUGGAGUCAGUGGAGUUGCUACUGCAGAUAGUUGUAGAAGAGUCUCAUUCUGCUUCAACUGCUGGUCUGGAGGAAGACAUAAUGGCAUGGUUGGAGACCUACCUGCAGAGAGCACCAGGCUUUAGUAAGCUGCAGGGAGUCUGGAGCAGCGGCCAUGCAGUGCAGAGCCUGGUUGUGUUUAAAACUAGUGAGGCUCUGCAGUGGCUCAGUGUGAGCGGACCCACAUCACUGCUGGAACGAACAGGACUAGCUCAAGCUGUUCACCAAGGGAAGAUGUUUAGAUCAUCUAGGAUCACAAAUAUCACUGUUGGAGGACUGCAGGGUGACGUGUGCGACUGGUUGCUGCAGUGCCCCUCCGGGUACAAAUGUGUCCUCCAGCCCAGCACCACCAACCACAGCUGCUCCUCCGCCUGCCGCUUUGACUACUGCCACCACCACGGCAUCUGCACACACCAUCCAGGCCAACUUCCAGUCUGCCGUUGUCUUGUAGGUGAUGACUUCUGGUACAUGGGACGGAGAUGUGACAUGAAGAUGACUCGAGCUCAUCUGAUAAGUGCAAGCCUUGCCAUCUUAAUCAUCAUAGUGAUGGUUAUUGGCGUUUUGGCUUGUCUGGCUGUGCGACGUUAUCGAACCAUUCUGAUCCAGGCAAAAGUGGACCAGACUCGCAGCAGCUACCGCAGGUUCAACCAUUUUGACGAGCUGUCGGGUCGGUUCUGGCUGCGUUCGUGGGCAGGAUCUGCAGAUUCUCUGGACAACCCUGCCUUCUUGCGCUCUGAUGAGUUACUGCAUCUGCGGGCACUCGACCGCCCUUGCUGCUACCACGACGACACGCUGUCACUGCCUUCCACCUGCCCCAGCCAUGGAACGCGCAUCAACACUAUUUACCCCCACAGCUCCCAGUAUGGUUGGAGAGGCAGCGGGAUGAGUAUGGGGGAUGGCGUGUUGGACUCAGGGAAGGCUAGUGACCUGUCUGUGUGUAGCUGGCCUGUGGAACCCAUUCACUGGACCCCGUUUCCACUUCUGCAGCAGCUGGCAUCCCACAGGACUCCUGCAGUCAAGGUGUCACGACCACGGUCCUACUGUGAAGGCAUGGAGCUGGUAGACCUGGGAAAGAGUUGGACUGCUUGACGAUGAUAAAGAAAAAGGAAAUCUGUGCCAUUAUUUUUAUGUUAAGCUUUAAUGUUUUACAAAUAAAAGAUGUAAGGAAAUAAUA